GUCCCGCCGGCCCAGGCGGGGCCGCCGCCGCCUUCCCCUUCCCCUGCCGCCGCCCUUUUGCUUUCGCUUUCCCACAGCUCGGGAGCCGGGCGGCGGCGCGGCCAUGGAGAACGGGGCCGUCUACAACGAGACCACGGAGCCGCAGGGCAAGCCGCCGCGCCGCGCCUGCCCCUGCGGCUGCACCCUGCGGCACCUGCGCGGCCGGUGGCGGCGGGCGGCCAAGGCGCUCCAGGCGCUGUUCUCUCUUCUGGCUGUUAUUUGUGAAGAAAUUGUGGAGAAUUGUAUCAAGUGUGGUGGACUUUACUUCUUUGAAUUCACAAGCUGCACUGCACUUCUUUUGAGCCUCCUCAUACUGUGUGUGUAUUGUACUACUGCAUAUGAAACAUUUGGGAAAGAUAAAGUAGAGAGAGUGAAUUUUUGGGCCAUGCCAGGCAUAGGUGGCUUUUUUCUAUUAGCUUCAGUAGUGCUUGCUGCAACCAGUUCUGGAUCUGAUUUAGAAAAGGCUGCAUGUACAUUUGGAUUUCUUGCAAGUGGUGCAUUUGUAGCUGAAGCGAUUAUGAAUUAUUUGGAUAGCCGGAAACAAGACACAGAAAGUCGUUCUGAAAAUCCUGCCAACAUACAGACUGCCACAGAAAGUCAGCCACUGAAUAAAUAAAGCUAAACUUUGCGAUUUUUUUUAAUUGAGCAAACUGAAAUGAGAUUUCAGUGCACUGUAAAUAACUUCUUCUGUCUUCCUUCUAAUUGGUUUUGUAAGCAUUGCUCACCACAAGUUUUUAUAGGUCUACCAGUGGCAGCUUGGCAUCAUGUUCUGUUUAAUUUUGGAGUAACUGAUCCUGCUUAAUAACUGCCCAAGUGGCAUAUACUAAAAUAUUUUGUGUCUAAUUAGAGUAAUGUAAGGGCAGUAGUGUGUGAUGAUUUGAUUUUGGUAGGAAUGAUUAAUAAAGGGUAAUUUAUGGUGCAUAAAUUCUGAGUUAUAUCCUAAAGAUAUUUUCUAUAUAAAUGGACCAGAUACUUCUGUUACUAAUUGUAAAUUAGUACAGCAGAGUUCAUUUUUUCUACUUACUGUUCAAACUGUGAAUGUAAAAGGGAUACCUAAUUGCAGCCUUAGAGAAAUGCUUAUUCUUACAUAAGGGUUUUUAUUUUUUUUUUUUAUUUUUUAUUUUUUUACUACUCCUGUACAAUUCUGUCUGUGGAACUCAGUUUAAUAAAAUGAUGAGUGUAGCUUUUUUACAGGGGAUAGUUUAAUGCUUUAUUAAAGAGAGUUCUGCAUCUCAUGGUUGUUAAUGAUUAAAAUUGUAUGCCAGAAUCUCCUUUCAGAUUGUUUCAAAAGCAAGAAAAGCUGCAGGAAAAGCUUUGAUAAGCUCGCUCUGAGAGGAGGAGGUUGAAGGACAAAUAUUUUCAGAAGUUAACCUAAAAAGUAACAAUUUGAAAUAUCAGCGGGAAAAACAUAGCAGCGCAUCAGCACUGAUAGUGAAUAUCACUUUCAGGGUUAAGCCUAACUGCAUUUUGUUUAUGCAUAGUUAAUGGUGAGUUUUGCCAGAGUGAAUUUUGCCAGAAUGGUUAUGUACUCCACCACUUUUUUUACCUAUAAAUAUGCCACUGGUUUGAGCCUUUUUGCUACCAGCUAGGUCAGUUGGUGAACAGAUGAAUAAAUAAGCACUUGUAUCAUUGACUUGUCUGAAGAGCAGCAGGCUGCAAGAGAAACUACUGAUGCAACAUACCAAACAAGUGAUGGAGUUCAGACCAGAUCUUGAUGGCCACAGAAGAAGGGAAGUGAUGCAAACAUCUUUUCUAGAUGUCUGAGGGAGAAACAAAACUGCUAGACUUCAUUUAGAGAAAAGCAGAAAAGUAGGGCAAUUGCCAUAAAGCAAGGGAUGUUCCAAAAUACCAGCACAAAUGAGAAAAGUCUGAUUAUGCAAAAACAGUUCUUGUCUGAGUUCUCCUGACAUUUGCCAUGCCUUCUAGGCAUUGACUGCAUUUCAUCAAUACUCUGACAGAUUUACAGUCCUGUAACCUAUUGUGGCAGCACUGAGACUAAGCCCUCCAGAAGUUGGCUGAACGUGCUAUAUUUGGAACAGGAUGAGGAAGUUGUAAUACAAAGCACUGUAAAGGAAGGUCAGAGCCUUUUUUCAGUACUGCUGCUUUCUGAUGAGCGUGAUGAUGUUUGUGACGUUUUCUCUAUGCUCUGGGACUUUAAUCCUAACACUACACUUUGCUUGGGGAUUUGAGUUUGACAGUUUGUGAGGAACAUCAAGUUUAAGUUGUAGCUUGGUUUCAGAGCCAUCUAUAAAUACUUACUUUCCUUCAAGGAAUUUCUUGCUUUGUGAAGAGAGUUCUUCUUUGGACUGGCAUUUUCUCUUAUUUAUUAGUGUCUAUUUGCACUAAAACCUGAUCUCGGUCUAACUGUACAGAGCUUGCUCUAGCUGUCUCUGAAAACUGUAGGUAGAUAAGAGAUACGUUUUGUUUACAAGCAAUGUUGCUGGUGAUAUGAACUUCCCAAAAUGAAAAAAUCUCUGUUACAGUUAUAAUUUCUUUCUUUUGGGUUUGUGUCCAUAUCUAUGGUUAACAUUUUCAGGGUUUUUUUCUGCUUAGUGCCUAGGAUACUACUAGAUUUGUGUUCAUAUCAAAAUGGCUGUAGGCUCUAGGUUUUAAUAUGUAAUUAAAAGCUGUAAGUAUAAUGUAACAAUAAGACUGUGCUGCUGAUAUUUAUUAAGCAACGCAGCGUGAAGGCAGGACUUCUGCCCUCAGUUAAUUUUUCCUUUGAACUUUAAUUUUUAUCAUCUUGAAAAUGCAUGAAGAGUUACGGUUCUCUGUAAUUUUCCUAUAGACUUCACCCUACCCAAGUGCUGUUUUCAGUUUCCAUUCAUGAAUCAUUGGUAUUGAAAGGGAUCUGUAAAGUCAUCUCUGUGCCUUAGCCUCCCUGUCUGUGUGAUAUCUACUGCUGAUGCUUUACAAGUGAAGAAACUGAAAUGCAGAACAAGUUACUUUAUGAAAGGGUGCCACAAGGAGUUGGUGUUGGGGGAAGUGGUUAUAACUGAGUUUUCCUGACUCCGUGUUCUGUGUGCUAGGCCUUUUGCAAUGGAAGUACUGCCAGGCUUUGCAGAAUGGUUUCAUGGGUUCUCCUGUUCCAGACAUGGAACUCGUUUCUGGUUGUUUCUUAGGGUGAGGUUUUUGAUGUGUUGUCCAUUUUAGUUUUAACUGUUCCAAGUAGUUUCUCAUUCUCUGACCAGCUGAUGCAAGUAUAGAUGUAAUGAUCAAAUUCAGUCUGUAACCAAAAGUGAUGCAAACGUUGCCAUCACCUAAAGAAAGGGACAUGGAUAGUCUUUCGGAAACUGGUUACUUCUGCUUUCCCAUAUGCAGAAGGGGUUUGCCAAUAGGACUCCUGCUAUUCCCCCUUCCACCAAAUAAAUAAAUAAACAGUGCCGCAUCCUAGAUACUGUCUAGCUGGCACUAAUCUGUCAUGCAGCAGUUAAAUGCUAUUAGCCAGACCAGCCCCAUGUUGGUUAUAGGUAUAAGGUAAUUGCUAACUAGUUGCCAUCAAAGCAAUUGGUGGCUAACAAAGCAGUUUCUGUAUGGUGGCACUGUUAAUACCAGGCUUAUGAGUGUGAGGACUUUCAUUUAAAAACCCUUGAGGAGCAGGUCUCCUGGUACGCGUGCUGUUCUCUGCUUCCGGGAGGCAGUUCCCUUACCUGCUUUAUCAGCUUCCUAAGAUGAAAGGGCAGGUGUGUGCCCCCCCGAGCUCCUCUGCCCUCACGUGCUAGGUCGGGCAAGUGCAACGGCUGAGCAGGGUUGUCUCCCACCACUAGAAAUGCCCCUUUGGUGCUUCAGAUGUCAGAUCCAGGCUUUGAAUGUCUGUCUUUUAAUUAGACUGAUCCCAGAGGGUGGAGUGGGAGCUGGAUUAAACAUCUGGUUUUACAGGAGCUCUGCACAUGUGGAUAGACAUCUCUUGCUCUGUCAGCAAAGAAGUCCCUGUUUCCCUACCUGUUUUCAAUGAAAUUGGCUUUAUUUAAACCAGCUAUUUAAAUUGCUUAAGUUAUCUUGGCUGGCUGUGACUGAAAUGGAUUAGGGUUUGUUCAAGAGAGUGGUGGGAGCUCUGGCAGAGGGGCAGUAAUGAACAACCCUCUCUUAAAUUUCGCCUUUUGUUUGCAAGUAAACACCUAUGCACAAUCUUAACCAGCAGUAAAACCCAUGGAAGGAAGCAAUUUGGCACAGGAAGUCUACCUGUGGCUUGCCUUCUCCCUUCUUCACCACGGUGGUUGGUGGUGGUAUGAGCCUGUGCAGACACAGUAAAAGGCUUCUUUUCCUGCUGAGUCUUUUGAAAAAUACUUGAAGAUUGCACUGACUUUCGGGCUUUUCAGACUUCAGGCCGUGCAAGGACUGGCUUGAGUUUCUGCUCUGAAAAAUCUACAUGUGUUGUGUAGAUCAUGAAUGCGAUUUUGUUUUCUAUGUUUAGCCCACGUUGAAAUCACGAUAGUAGCAGUAUCCUUUAGAUUUUAAAUAUGUAGAGGAAUUGUGCCUCACUGGUUGUACUCUGUUCUUAAAAAUAGCAGGGGAGGGUUGUAUGUAGUCUUUACAAUUCAGUUCUACCAUUGCACCUUCCAACUCAGAAAUGCAGUGAAUUAUCUCACACAAUUCUCAGAGCUCUGCACAAGAUGUUUUUGCAUAAUAGCCGUGAUGGCAAUCCUGGUUCUGUUCAAAUUCGUGCAGUGAAAGUACCAAGUUUUCUACACUGAAGGGAAAUAUUUUGUGUGAUUCUUAAAAGGUUAUGUAAAAUUGUAAUAAUGAAUCAAGAUGCUGGUAGUGCCUUUAAGAUGGAAAUUCAUCUUUGUUUUAGUUCCUUGCUGUAAAUAUGUAGCAGAUAUCUAGAUAGUACUGAACAGCAUAAAAUUUAAUGUCACUUUCGUACUUGUGAGGCUUUAAAUGUCUUUUAAAGAUUAUUGAAUCAGAAUGAAAAUACAAUGGUUAUAUAUUAUGAAAUAAAAACUUUAUAUAGUUAUGUAACCAAUGUUGCCUUGACUUUUCAGUAAAAGCAUUCUGAAAUACUUAAAUAUUUUUCCAUUCUAAACCUGUGGUCUUUUUAAUGUAUUAUGCCUUUCUGGUCGUAAGAACUUUCUAAAAUACUUU